GGUAUUAUAUGUAGUCUGUGGUAUUAUAUGUAGUGUUCUGUGGUUAGGUUACAAUGUACAUUUCAUAUAUCUUACAGUAGACUUUUAAAAAUUAUCCAUUAUUACUUUUUAAACUUCAUAUCCUUAGCCCUUUGCUCGUUAUGGCAAAUGUUCUUAAACCAGAUGUAAUGUGGGUACAAGGAAGAUGUUACAGAGUGAACGAUUCUUCAACCGAAGCUACCGAUUACCAGGAGCACGAUUUAUACGAAGAUGAAGUAACAUUUAAAAACAUUGAAGAUGAACAUUUUGAAGAUGAAGACUUUAAAGUGGAAAUGAUAGACGAGAAUAGAUAUUCUACUAGUUUACAUGUUUCUAAACACUAUGUUGGCUCUAUAAUCGGUCGAAAGGGAGCAAUUAAGAACAGAAUUGAGAGAGAUACAAAAACUGAAAUAAAAAUACCAAGACAGGGUCAAAGUGGCGACGUUGUUAUAUUUGGACCUUCUGAAGCUAAUGUAAAAGCUGCAAGAAGGCGAAUUAAUGUAAUAGUAAUAUCAUCCAGGAUGAAACAGCAAUUCACACACUUCAUAUCUGUUCCAAUGCAUAAUUCUACUAUUAUGGAGAAUUACCAACGUUUCAAGGAAAGUGUACUUCGUGAAUGCGCAGACAGUAGAGACUUGGAUGAGUCUCUAUUUGUGAAGCCAAUCAAAAUGCACGUGACGGUUGGAGUCAUGUGCCUUAUGGACAAUGAAGAGAGAACCAUCGCCUCCAAACUUUUUACUGAAGCCAUGGACACUAUUAUCGCACCUGCGCUUAAAGAUCACAUGCCCUACAAGAUAAGUUUGAAAGGCCUCUCGUACAUGAACGAUGAUCCUUCAGAAAUUGACGUUUUGUACGGCGAGGUGCACGAGGUAAAUGCUCCGAAAGGCACACUGCAAAACAUAUCGGACGCUUUAGUAGAUCAUUUUUAUAAAGCGGGUUUCAUGGAUCGGGAGAACGACCACGUAAAAUUACACGUAACAUUAAUUAACUCGAAAUUCCGGCAACGGUCUUCUACUUCUCUUGGGGAUUCAAAUUCUAAGUCAAGAAAUUCGGGGAAAAGGUUAACCUUUGAUGGAUCGAAAAUAUUAGAAAAAUUCGCUGAUUACGACUUCGGAGUAAUGGACGUGGAAGAGUUUCAUCUAUCGCAACGGUACGGGAAAAGAAGCGACGGAUAUUACCAACCCAGUUGUGUUGUCACUUGUAAGAAAAGUUGA